GCCCAAAAGAACGGCAGAGGCGGAAAACGCCCCCCUGGCCCCGCCAGCCUUUCUUAGGUCUGCAUUGGAAAGGUAAACUGGGGGCAUUGGCUCAGAUUGCCCGCGGAGGGAGAAAGCUGCUAAGAAAGAAAAACAGGAUAAUUAUUCAAGGUCUUUGGCUAACCACCCUCUGGAGAUAUCCCAUCACUGCAUUUUCCAGGUUUGGUAAAUAAUAGACCUGGACUUUUAUUAUUAUUUAUAUUUGUCAAUUAGAUUGCAAUCAGAAUAUAGGAUAUUAGUAAAGUGUCUCACAUACACAGUCCAAAUAUUUUUGCCACAGUAAGAUGUCUUCAGCACCCCAGCCUUCAGAUGUUCAACAUGAAGCACCCAAAAGAAAAGAUUAUCGAAUUCCAGGACUCCGAGGUGCUCAAACUACUACUUUGUUCCGUGCUGUGAAUCCAGAACUUUUCAUUAAACCUAACAAAGCAGUUAUGGCUUUUGGCCUUGUGACAAUUACUCUCUGUGUGGCUUAUAUUGGGUACUUGCACGCACAAGAAGAAAACAAAAAGGAUCUCUAUGAAGCUAUUGAUAGUGAAGGAAACAGACUUAUGAAACGCAAGACUUCAAAAUGGGACUGAAAAAACUGUCAGUGUUGACAAAUAUCAACAUGGAAGAAGACAUUUGAUUUUCUGCAUGGUGACUUUCAGGAUUUUGACUGAAGCAUUAGCAUUUAUUUUUAUACAAUGAAUGCUUUUUAAAAAAAAUCAGUUUAAACAUGAUUUAAAUGUUUAAACUGUAAAGUGUGAAAUGCUAUUAUCUAUUAAUAUUUUGAAUAAAGCACAUUAUAACAAAAAGGGUACUGCAGAAUAUGUGCAACUUAUUUCUUAACUAUACUGUGCCAAAAGAUGCUUUAGAAUUAUUGCCAGAAUUGCACUGUCUGGUUUUAAAGUUUAUUAUUAAUCGUCAGUGUUUUAGUAAGUCACUCAAAAAACAUUUCUAAAAUGUGUUAUUUGUGCAAUCAUCCACCUGUGCAAAUUUUUAAUAUUUCAAAUAUUAAAUAAGGGAAAACUUUUCCAUAGUCUCUUCUGAAGUUAUUUAUGAUUUAGUGUACAAAAUGAUUGAUGGAUUGAUAUUUUUCACUCAAGGCAAUACAACUAAUCUGUUAAAA